AUGGACCAGCAGUCCCACGGGCAACAACACCCCGAAUACUACGCACCGCCGGCUCACAUCGCCGCUCGCUUCUACCGUAACUCCCUCACUAGGCGCAAAUCGUCCGCCGCAUCUUCACGACGGAACUCGCUCUCUUCCGCGCAAUCGCGUGCCUCCAGUCGCUCCCGACGCGGCUCCACAGGAUGCCAGAGCACCUACAUUGCCCAACACCUACGCCGCGCCUCCAUUAUAGAAUCCCGCAAGGCUCGACUCGCAGACCGCGCAGCCCAUGCCGAACAGGUGCGACUCCGCGCCGCGCUCGCCAAAGCCACGCCCCGAGGCAGCAACACAAACAGCGAGGAGCGAGCGCUUGCUGCACAGGUCGCCAAGGAGAAAUAUCUAGCCAAAGUUGCUGCAGCAUGUGCGGAAGAGGUCGCGCGCGCUAAGCGCAUUGCCGAAGAGGUGAAGGAGCGAAAGCUGGCCGAGGAGACACGCCAGCGCCUGGAGAUGGAGGAGCGCCAUGCCGAAGCCGAGAAGAGGCGCGCAGAGUACCAGCGCAACAUACAGGCCAGGCGGCAAAGGCGUGCUGAAAGCGCAGAGCAAAAGAUGGCUGUGCUUGAAGUGAUCGACGAUGUCGAGGAGGAGGCCGUCAUGGAUGAUAACCAGGUCGAGGAUGCUGCUGCUAGGCGUGUGCAGAAGGCAUGGCGCCUCUACCAGAGGAAGAAGCCUGUACUGGCAUUCAAGCAGCUGGAUCUGACCACGAAACGAUCACAAGAGACAAGCUUCGAGGAUAUGACUGCGCUUGUUGCCGACUCCACUGUCAUCUCCACGACCAUUGCCGUCUUGACCCAUCUCGAGCUGCAGGAAUCGAAUGAUGCCAACGCCGCCCUCAAUACCAGGACGUUUCUCAGUGCUUACAUGAUCAUAGGACAUCCAACUUCGGUGCUUGUGAAGAAAGACGGAGCCCAGGAGCAGGAUCUAAUCGCCAAAGCUGCUGAGCUCAUCGGCCAGUUCGAAGCCUCGGUCGAGCGUUUGGACAGCUGGAACAGCUGGACUGUGAACCCAAUGCAGCUGGAGACCUUGUCUCAGUCCUACACGGCCUACACUUCUGCUUUUGCGGCCUGGCGACUUCAAGAUUCCAGCGUCUUGAUCGAAGGAAUGGUGGCUUCCUUCGUUGAGCUUGACGCCAUUUGGCAGACCGUGAAGGACGAUACUCGAGGCGAAGUGGCCUCCGACUAUCGUGAGGGCAUCCGAGAUAACCAGGUGAUGCUGCUCAGCAGGAUCAGGAAGCUGGCCGGGCCGGAAAGAGCAGACGUCCUGAUCAAGAAGGCAAUUAGAGAAAGCCGCCGUAGAAGGCCUAAGAAGCGACCAGCUGCCGAAGUGAGACCACGAGGCCUUGAGGCAGCAAACUCCGAGGCUGGAGCUUCAUCUGAACAUGCAGUCGAAGAAGCUGCCCUUGUGACCUCGCCCGUGGGAUCGGGCGAGAUCAACAAGCUGUUCACGACGAUGCCAAGCAACCGCAUUCUGACGCACGAACUUGCCAUCGAUAAAGAAUUCAGACUCGAGGACAAGAACAGCGAUUUCAGGGACGAGCUCUACCGCGGGAUAUGCGAAAGCAUGAAGGUCGGUUUCAAAGCUGGCGAGGGCGCGGUGUGGACAGUAUCUGCAGCCGAGAAUGUGCGAGAAAAGCUACUGCGAAUGCUGAAGCCCGGCAACAAUAUGCACAAGAUGAUCUCCGAGGCCCUUGAUCUGGAGAACAUCAACCGCCAAUGCCAACAAGGCGUCUUUUCCUACUCUGGCUUCUUCAACUUCAUGGCCAACGUGCUGCCCAAGCUGUGCGCACCUUUCCGAGACCAGGAAGUCAGAGCUCUGGUCGAGCAGCUUCGCGCUGAUGACAAUGGCGAUGAGCUUGAUGCCAUGAUCGAGAAGUUGUUCAAGCUUCUGCGAAUGGUGGAUGUCCUCAGUCUGGAUUAUACAAAUUUCAUGAUCAUGAACGCAGCGCCAGCGCUGAUCAAAGAAGCCGCAGGAUACGAACACCGCAUCUUCGCAAAAGAGCUUGAAUCCGGGAAUAUCGGUCUUGAACAAACUAGACGCUGGUGGCUGGAUGCAAAGACGACACUGGAGGCUGAAGCAGAUCGACGAGAUCCUGAAGGCGCAAGGAAUCCAGCCGAUCGUCCCUCGCCUUCAAAGAUCUACACUCAUGCGCUGGUGGAAACUGCCAUAUACCAGGGGGAGCUGGACCCGGAGCCAAUCCCAGAGACCCUCCAACUCGACAUCGAGAGACUUCAAAAGAUCCGAGUAGACGCAAUCCGCAUCGCCGUGAUCGGCUCCAUCCUCCUAACGACCAAAAACCUCCUGAAGCGCGACGUUCGAAGCCAAUGGAAAACAGAAGCCAGCCGCCUCUGGCAGUUGCUCAGCACUACCCCCUACGAACACGACGACGACACCGAACCUACCCCGGCGCAAAAAGCCUUCUCCAUCCUCGAAACCGCCCACAACAUGCCGCCCUCCACCAAAACCGCCGUCUCCACCACCAUAACCCGCUUCUUCACGCAAGCCGCCGACGCGAUGACGCCGCACGCGGGCCACGGCAUCAAGUUCACCGACCCCGUCAUGAAAGUUAUCUUCGCCCGUCUGAAAUCCCACGUCCUCAUGCGCUUGGAGGCCGAGUCUUCGGCGGAGCGGGUCCGGGCGGCGUCCUCGGCGAGCGAGCGGUUGGCGGCGAUGGGCAUGGCGGAGUUCACGGACAAGGUGGCGGGGAUUGUGGAUGUGCUGGAGAGGGUGAGGAGGGUCGAUUGGGAGAGUCAUGGGUUUGUGUAUCAGCGGAUUGUGGGGGAGUUGGGUGGGUAG